AUGGUCACUCUCGACGGCUCGACCCUCGAAGGCGGCGGCCAACUUGUCCGGGUGGCGCUCUCGAUCUCGGCGAUCCGAGAAAUUCCAGUCCGCAUCACAAACAUCCGAGCUAAUCGGGCGUCGAAAUCGGGGCAGUCCAGCCGUGGGAGGCGACACGGGCAAGAUCAAACAACAACAACGACAACGAGGCCUGGUCUAGGUAGGGGCAUCGAGCAUGCCGACAAGGGGAGAGGGAGAGCGAAGAAGGCCGGUGGAGGGCUAAAGGAGAGAGCGAAGAAGGCCGGUGGAGGGCUAAAGGAGAGCCAUCUCGCAGCGUUGAACUGGUUGGCUGACAAGUGCGGCGCCGACGUGCAAGGCGACGAGGUCGGUUGUUGUGAAGUUCAAUUCCACCCGGGGCGAAGACGAGCGUCACGGCAGCGCAGUGGCAUAGCUUCAGUGAACGUGGACGACAACGGCAACGACGCUUCAGUGAACAUGGACGACAAUGACAACGACAGGAUAAACAUAGACAACAACAACAACGACAACGACAACGACAACGACAGGAUAGAGACCAUCGAACUGAAGAACCCAGGCAGUGUCUGGCUCGUGUGGCAGGCCAUCUUUCCCUAUAUUGUGUUUUCAAUGCUCGCGUGUCCCCGACAGCGACAGGCUGACAUUGGCAUUGUCGGUCACUCUGCACCAGUACCGUCCUCGUCCUCCUUCUCUGCACCAGUACCGUCACCGUCCUCGUCCUCCUCAGAGGCGAAUGCUAAGCCGGCGUUCCGCAUCCGUCUGAAAGGCGGCACCAAUGUCCCCAAGUCCCCCUCCAGCGAGUACAUGCAACAAGUCUUCUUCCCGGUCUGCGAGAAGAUUGGCCUGCCGAGAGUCGAGGUCGACGUCCACCGCCGCGGAUGGGCUGGCAGUGCACCGGAGAUCGGGGUGGUCGACAUCUGUGCCUAUCACCCUUCUUGCCGGAUGAGUUCCGAGGGCGAGGGCCUACAAGGGGGAGGUGAUACAGUGUCGACACGACACAACAGCGCAUCGAUGCGAAAACAGGACCACGACAACCCCUGCAAUAGCAAUACUAAUAGCAAUCACAAUAGCCAGUCCAGUAGUGUGGGCGAGGUGGAAACCAAGAAUGAUAAUGAGAGUGAGAAUGAGAAUGAGGAUAAGAACAAGAAGGAGAACGAGAAUAAGAACAAGAACAAGAAGGAGAACGAGAAUAAGAACAAGAACGAGAAGGAGAACAAGAAGGAGAAUGAGAAGGAGAAUGAAAAUGAGAAUAGGAACAAGAAGGAGACUGAGACUGAGAAUAAGAACAAGGAGAAUGACGGUGCAACGCAAGGCUUCCAAAAGUUCCGCCUACCUCCUUUCCAAAUCCCCCUCGCCCACGACACCAUCAGCCGCAUCACCAUGACCAUUGUCGCCGGAAGCGAACAAACGCACACUCUUCUCGCAACCCAACUGGCCACGUCUCUUCGCACCAUUCCGAUCUUCUCGGCCCCUUCCCUCCCCAUCACACUGCACCCGUGCUCCGGCCCAUCGGGCCACGAGCGCCGCCUGUACGUUCUGCUGGUGGCCCAGACAUCGGCCGGUCAUCGACUUGGGCGCGACCACCUCGGUGGCGGCCGGAAGAUCGGCUCGGAAGCGGACAGACGGCGCGUCGUGGCUGAAGUCGUAGGCCGGGUGGUGAGGGAGUUUGCAGAAGAGUGUCAAGGUAGAGAUGGAGAAGAGCGUCAAGGUAGGUCUCUAGACGGCCGUGAUGGGCCUCAGCCCGCGUGUGUCCAUGUCGAUGAGUUUACAGAGGACCAACUGGUCAUUUUCCAGGCCUUGGCCGAAGGAACCACCACUGUGCAUGCUGGAGGGAGGUUCGGAAAUAGUCUGCACACCCGGACGGUCAGGUGGGUGUGUCAUGAGAUGUUGGGCAGCGUGUUCGAUGGUCUGGGUACAUGUUGGCCACCGUGUUCGAUGGUCUAG